AUGAUGUCGGAUUCAUCUUUUACUGGACCAUUUGACUCUCAAGGUGGUGGCGAUGGAUUCCAAUCACCUUCAACCCUUACAAGAUUCAACAGCCUCGGUGGUGCGAGUCACUCAAACGCUGGACCAUUUGACUCUCAAGGGGGUGGCGGUGGAUUAUCAAGCCUUCAAAGAUUCAACAGCCAGGGAGGUGUGAGGAACCCAAACACCGAAAGGACCACGCGCGAAAGCAACUGCGGAGAUCUUACUAACGGCCACCGAGGCCGAGACCACCGGUCUGUUUCUCCGAGUCGACGAGGCAGCUUUUGCAGGGAGGAUAGUUCUUGCCAAUCCCUCGGCCAUAUCGCAACAGGACACGGCGGCGGACGCCAUCAGUCGCAGCGCCCAGACGAUCGGACUGACGAUUUGCCAUUGGUUUUUGCUGAGCCUCUAGUCGGUGAGAGCUUGAUUGUAUUCAACGCCAUGGCCGAUCAUUAUGGUUUAGAUGACAAACACCGGACCUUUGCGUUGGCCCAUGCUGAGGUCUUUGGCGAAAACAGCCAACAUUUCGCAGGAGCAACCUUUCAAUCAAUGCUCCUAAUGGAAAUUUCCCGCCUUCAUAACAAGAUUGACACGCUGGCCAACCGACUCGCUACGGGGACCAGCGGCGCAUCUGCACCCGGGCCCAUUGCAGCACAGGAACAAGGCGCAGGAGAGGAGCAACAGGUUGCACUUCCUGCUUCUAACCCUACCGAGAUGGCCUACGGGAAUUGGAAGUCAAGCCCAAAGCUUGUGGGUUUGAUCAACCCCAUGGCGCUUAAAUUCCUAUGGUCACCGCUCCUGGAGGCAUACACAGCGGUUAGCAACAAAGCCGAAGGAUAUCUCCCAAACUCGUUGUUUAAUAUGAUCAAGAAAACUGUUGCCAAGGAAACCAUCGCUUUUAAGGCCCAGUACCUGCCUGCCAACCGCCAAGGUGUCGAGCACGCCACCGAUACCCAAUCUUAUGCUACAGCCCUCAGAGACGCUGGGAAGCAUGGUCGAGAAAAGCUACACAAUGUUCUUUUAUCUGGUAUACAUGAUGCUAAAUCCAAGGAGGUUGUCGGCACCCCAGUCCCCUGCAUCAAAAAAUUGGUUAAAAAAGUCGCUGUUAGAUGUGGAACCGUUGGGGAAGAGGCCGACUUGGAAGCUGUGUGGGCAGCCACUGAUCAAGCCACACGGGCACGAAUAGCGUACAUGCGUCGGGAAGCCGCACGGAUCAUUGUUAAAGGCCCCAAAGGAAGUGAAUCCGUGUGGGCCAAUAUUGAUACGCAGCUUGCGCUCCUGCGCGCGCGACGUGAUGAAAACUAUGCUGCCGCCGAUUCGUCCCACGGUAGCUUUUAUGAGCUAGUUUUCAAGGAGGAUAAAAAGUAUUUUCCCGGGACCGUCUGGUUCAAAACUAUCAAAGCCGAACAGCGUGCUCAGGACAAGGCCCUUGACUUCCCUUCCGAAGAGGCCAUCCUGGAACGUAUGGCGCAAGAGGCUGCGCGGCGUGCCGGCAAUCCUGGAUCCAGCAACACCGGAAACCAACUGGUUUCUCCCGUGAGCCCAAAUUGCCCCAAUGAAGUCGGGUCCCUAUCCGUCGCAGAGGUCCAAGGUAGCAAGCCAGUCGGAUCGAGCGGCUCACCGACCCGUUUGCUGCCCCCAACCAGGGCAGCUUGCCACGCCGCUUGCAGGCGGAAGCCUUGUUCGGCCGUCUUGAGGCGGAAUGCAGCUUGCCACCCGUCGUCAAGAUGCCAUCCGCCAGGCCGGCUUCUCACGCGGCUCGCAGGCGGCGUACCUGAGCGCCGCCUGGAGGCCGCCUGCCUGCACGGAAGAGUUUACGGCCUCCAGGCGGCAUUGAUCGACCGUCUGUAG